AUGGCCCCAGUUAAGAACCAAGAAAACAUCAACCAGAAAUUGGCUUUGGUUGUCAAGUCCGGUAAGUACACCCUAGGUUACAAAUCCACCGUCAAGGCUUUGAGACAAGGUAAGUCCAAGUUGGUCAUCAUUGCUGCCAACACCCCAGUUUUGAGAAAGUCCGAAUUGGAAUACUACGCUAUGUUGUCCAAGACUAGAGUUUACUACUUCCAAGGUGGUAACAACGAAUUGGGUACUGCUGUUGGUAAACUUUUCAGAGUUGGUGUCGUUACCAUUUUGGACGCUGGUGACUCUGAUAUCUUGACCGCUUUGGCUUAA